UAGAGGAAAUAUGGCGUUCAUGAGAACGCGUAUUUUAUUUGCUGCUUCAGAAACAACGUAUUCCAGUGGCGUUUUGUGUGUUUCUAUUAUAAUUGCAUUUGCAGGCUUGGACGUUGUAAAAAGCGAGGAUGCAUUUAGUGCGAGCCACACGACUACUGUACCCAUGGCCGCCGCUAGGGACUUACGAUAUCUUCUGUACGAUGUAAACCCUCCGGAGGGUUUCAACCUGCGGCGAGAUGUUUAUAUACGCAUAGCAUCCCUGGUCAAAUCUCUGAGGAAGAAUGGUGAUGACUGGGUACUUGUGCUUCCCCCCUGGGGUCGCCUAUAUCACUGGCAGAGCCCCAACCUUCAUCAGACCCGAAUCCCUUGGGGAGAAUUUUUCAGCCUUACCAACCUACAGGCCAAUGUUCCCGUGAUAGAGUAUGAGGAAUACAUUGCUGAAAAUGGAGGUCCAUUCAUUGAUCAGGUUGUGGUCCUGCAAAAUUAUGCAGAGGGAUGGACUGAUGGAAAAUGGGAGGAAAAGGUUGAUGAGCGGCCUUGCAUUGAGAAACUGAUGUACAACAAAGAUAAACAAGGCUACUACAGAGGGUGGUUUUGGGGCUUUGAAGAGACAAGAGCACGAAACAUAACUUGUCUGUCAGCCCAAGGUCACGCCUCCAUCAUGGUUCCUGUUCUUCAGAAGAACAUUACAGUGACUUCAGUAAUGCUUGACCGAGCAGAGACUCUUCUCCAUGAUCACUAUGCUGGGAAGGAUUACUGGAAUAGCCGCCGCAGUAUGGUGUUUGCCAAGCACCUGCGCCUUAUAGGAGACGAGUUCAGAGCAAAGUACCUCAAUUCGACAGAUGAUGGCGACCAAACUGUUUACAAUGAAGACUGGACUCGCAUGAAGGCCAAGCUGGGCUCUGCCACAGGGGGUCCAUAUUUGGGUGUCCACUUGCGACGAAAAGAUUUCAUCUGGGGCCACAGAGAGGAUGUACCCAGCCUUAAGGGGGCGGUGAAAAAAAUACGUAACCUGAUGAAAAAGCACAAACUGGAUAAAGUCUUUGUUGCAACUGAUGCUGAUGAAGAAGAACUGAAGGAGCUAAAGACGUUGUUGCCUGAGAUGGUGCGAUUUGAACCGUCCACAGAGGACCUGGAGCUUUUUAAAGAUGGAGGAGUGGCAAUCAUUGAUCAGUGGAUUUGUGCCCAUGCAAGAUUCUUCAUUGGGACAUCAGUAUCAACCUUUUCCUUCCGUAUCCACGAAGAGCGUGAAAUACUUGGUUUUAAUCCAAAAACUACUUAUAACCGUUUCUGUGGGGACACUGAGAAAGAGUGUGAACAGCCUACACACUGGAAAAUUGUUUACUGAUGUGACUAUUGACUUUCCCUGCUAUACACAAGUGCCAAAAGCAGUGUUACUCUUAUGACACAAUAUUUGAACUUAAUUUUUGAAACGUAUUACUUUUUAUGGUAAGGAAUUGAACUGAUACUAAAUGACACCAGAGACAAUGGUGCCAAAUGAGUGUUAUUGUCAAUUGUAUCACCUAAAUUAUUUUUCUAAGGUGGAAUUCACGCGAGUAUUAUGUAUUUAUUACUUAUACAACCUGAAUGGUUACCAAAUAUGUUUGGUAAUGAUGAUUUGUGAUUUUUCUAUAAAGGAAAAGGUCAGUGCUUUUAAAUGUGAAAUUUGAUAUUCUGUAUACUUUGAGGCAAUUGUAUGCUAAUCAUAAGUAUGAUUGAGUCGAAUUACCAAAACAUACUUCUAGAUAUUAUUUGAAUCUAAUAUAGCACAUUCGGAUGCAUUAUUAUCCAAUCAAAUGCAUUGACUCUUGUGUUACCACUUCUUGUUCCACAUUUGUGCACAAUAACUUCUCAAAAGUUUUAAAGUAAUACUGAAUCGGAAAAUACCAGAAGUAUUUUCUGAGACAAGCAUAUGAAAAUACCCAUUGGUUGGUGUGCUACUGUUGUGUCGCUACGUUAAAUAUAAAAGAUUUUGGUGUUACUUGGUGUGUCUCUUAAAUGUAAAAAUGUAUUGAAAGCAUUCAGGUUGAGUUAACAUUAUUGGUGCUCCUUAUUUUUUUUUUUUUGCCAAAUUGAUAAAUCUACUCAAGGUCCUGAGCAUUUCCAAUAAGGAAAUUCAAUUUGGCUGUUUUGGUCAAGAAUUUCUUACAAAUGUUCCAAUUAUGUUUUCGAGAUUUCCCUUGCUAUUAUCCUUUGUAGUCAAAUCUAUUGAAAAUAGUACACUGAAGCUAUGGAAGUGAAACAAUUCAUGUGGGAGAAUGUUAAAAUUCUUUUAAUCACUUUCCUGUUUUCUACCAAUAACAGGUUGAGCUGCGUCUCAAUUUGUAUGUUAUGAAACCUGUUAUGCACUGGUUGGAUAAUUUGGUAUUUUUCCGUUUAUGUGUGCCAGUUCCAUUUGAGAAUUGCAAUUAUGUAUCACGCCGGUUGCUUUGAGCUUGUCGUAUAAAUACCUACAGUUGAUUAAAAAAAAAAAAAAAGUCUUCAAGUUACGACACAGAAUACAUACAUUUCUUGUUUAAAGACGAUGUCGCACCUUUAUUUGUCUGGAUUAUGGUGUAGCGUGACAAGACGAAGCCUUGACCCUAAAAUUCCCUUUUAACACAAUUUUGGACAAAACUACAUUCCAAGAUAAAGUGUGCACCCUUGCACAACCUCAUAUCUCAGUUGUUUAUUUUGUACUUCCCCAUUUUAAACAGAAUAAGUCAACCAUUAGGUUGUUCAGGUUAUAGGUAAACUUAAUUGGGAUUUUUUGGAGGGGAGUUUAACUAAAGCCUGACAGUCAGAUUUGCGAAGAUAUUUUAUAUCCAUGGGAUCUUUUAAAUUCAUGUUACAAGUACAUGAUGUGCGACAAGAUAAAUAAAUGAGAUAACCAUCGAAUAUAGCAGAGGCAAACAUUUAUUUGUCAUGGCUUCAUCUCUUUUAUAGUCACCAAGACACUGAGUCUUGCAUAGGCGAGCUACACCAUUGCCUUCGGUGCAUGUAGUGGAGGGGGCGCCAAAUUACUUUGGCGGAAAAUAUAGUCGGGAUGGGGUGGUUACUCGUGAUACACCUCCCGAAUGUUUUCUUGCAUAUAAAAAAAUAUUGGUGGUGUGAAGAUAAACUGAUUUGAAUCGGAGUGGAGGUAUUAACUGCCUGGUUUCACAGCUAUCAAUGUAUUAACUGACCCAGUAACUUUACCACCAUUUACCACCUGCUGUUUUGUGGCGUUCAUUAAGCAGAGAGGAACAGUUGGCGCUGUGUGUAAACAGAAAAUCGAACUUCACAAACAAUGGCGGAUCAUUAAAUCAAAAAUCAUUCACACAAAGUUUCAAAAUGAAACAAAUUAUUACAACAAACUAAAUAGUACUACUAGCAAUCAAUGAAGCAACUGGAACAGUAACUGAAAAAAUAAUUAGCACAGAACAUGAAUUUUGAAGAUUAUUUACAGCACCGCAUUACAUGCUGUGU